AUGGAGUACACUAUUGAGCUCAAACAUUGUGACAAGGCACGUGAGAUUUCCGAAGUCCAUUGUGGUGCCUCGGAUAUUGUUGAUGGGAGACGGCUGACUCGGUGGUCGACCCCGAAAUUUGCUGGGACAGGCGAUGAGAAGGAACGCUCCUUCAGCGUUGCCUCGCGCCUAUACCCCGUGGGAUCGUCACUCUCGAUGAUCAAUUAUGAACGCCAGGGUUUCCUCGAAGCUAAAGGCUAUGCCUUGCGACCCCGGUAUCGGCCGGGUUGGAUUCCAUCGUGGAGAGGAACCGGGGAACAUCCUAUGUCCUUCGAGGAUUCCAUAUCUCUACCGGACUGCGAUGACUCCAGUGUGUCGUAUAUGGUCAUGCCAUUCCUACGCCUCAUAGAUCGUCCGGAGUUCGAGUUAGUCCUUGACAUAGUCGAAUUCGGGGAUCAAAUCAUGACGGCUCAUUCAUGUGGCCAGGGGCUCGUCUUCAUGCACGCGCAGGGUGUCGCUCACCGGUCUCGGGUGCCGAUCAAGUACUACUACGUCGACUACGGCUUAUCGGUAUACAUUCCUCCUGAUAUUCACCCUAAACUCGUCUUGGGUGAUUUCGGCCGCGACCAAGAUGUACCGGAGUUGUCCUUAACUGUCCCAUACGACCCGUUUAAAGUGGACAUCUUCAUUAUUGGCAAUAUGCUCAAGAGAAUUUUUCACGAUCAAUAUUCCAAUGUCGGUUUCUUGCUACCUCUGAUUCAAAGGAUGACGCAACAUGAUCCUGCGAGUAGACCAAAUGCUCAGGAAGCGUUACAGCAGUGGCAAUCGAUCCGACGGACUAUAUUCCGAUUCCACCGUCAAUGGAGGCUUCAAUCCCGCAGUGACAAUUGGCUGGUAACACUCAUACGCGAUGCUAUCCAUCUUCGGACAAUGGUUGCUAGUUCCCUUAGGGGGCUAUUUGGAUGGGGCAUGGAACUACAAGGUUGA